AUGCGUUUUGCUUUCAUUAUUCUCUCAAUAUUUGCUAUUGCACUAUCUUCAAAUUUAGAUCCAUAUUCCGAAACAGAAAAGUUUCUUUUAAGUUACUGGGAUCAUUUGAAAGCUAAAAACUACACAAUUAUCGAUCCGGAAUUUGUUGGAUUUGUGGAUAAUGUGACCUACAACAAAGAAGAAUUAAUCAAAAAAAUCGGGAAUCCCGGAAAAAUGCCUGAUGAUGAAAUACCAAAACUCAAUGUGACAAAUGCAAUUUUCGACGCGAAGGGAAUUUUGAAAUUUAAUAUAAAAAAUUAUGGUCACAUCUCAAAAUUCACUGCGAAACCGAAUGCUAAUAUUAAAGGGGGCUAUGCACUUUUCAAAUUAGAGACUCGAAGACGCAUUCAAUAA